AUGUCGGAAACACAUAUUAGAUCUCACUCGCGGCACGAAACCCCCACUCCUUCGCGUCCUGUGACCCCGUCAAGCUCGCGGCGACCGUCAAUCAAGAGUCACAACUCUGUGCCAUCCCGUGCACUCACUAAUGCUCAACUAAUGGCAUCAGCAUCCCCAGCACAAGUGUCCAGUGACCAAGCCGUGACGAUUGAACCAUCAGGCGUCCUCAGCUCAAGCGCGUCCAUCUCUGAAUUCUCACAUGGAGGAAACAUCAUUUCUAAUAGUCACCAUGGCUCGAGUGAUCAUGUUUAUCUCAUGGAAGACUCGUCAGGAUCGGAUGGGGCGACACCAAAUCUCAUGCGCUCACCAGAAGAAGUGGCAGCUGAUGCUGAGAGACUCAGAGAGCAGCUCAAGAAGAGUCUGAGUCGCGGUCGUGAGCCACGUACAGAUAUACGUGAUAUACCAUACGAUCCGUCUCAUGAGCAAAAGUUUCCGCCGCGCCAAUUCUUCGUGCUCACUCAUGCUGGCAAACCCGUGUUCACCAACAGGAAGAUUGACGAAACAGAGGGCGACGACAUUACCAACUUGAUUGGUGUCAUGCACGCGCUCAUCUCCGUCUUUGAGGAUGACCAGGACAAGAUUCGGUCCAUUAUCGCUCCACCAGUCCGAAUAACCUUUACAAUUCGUCCGCCGCUGUACUAUGUAUGCGUCACGCCGUUCGCGGAACCAGAGUCUGUGGCGAGAAUAUAUUUGGAACAUUUACAUCUACUUAUAUUAUCUGUGCUCACUGGAUCCCAGUUGGAGCGGAUCCUAACUCGACAUGCCAACUAUGACCUUCGUCGGCUCUUGUCGGGGACUACCACCAUGCUCGAGUCGUACUUGGAUCACCUUCCGAGGUCCUUUGCAAUUCUCGCCUCGUCACUGAGCACCUUACGCCUGGACUCUGGGCUCCGACUUCGAGUCGCAGAUGCACUGGUCCCUCCACCUAAUAUGAAGACGCGGCUCAAGGACAUUUUAUAUGCCAUUGUGUUCGUCGACGACAAGGUUGUGACGAUUGCACGACCAAAGAAACACACGGUUCACCCAGCGGACAUGCAUAUUUUACUGGCGACGAUUGGCUCGCCCGCAGUCAAGGGAAGCGCAGCGAGCUGGCUGCCUAUUUGCCUUCCGCGUUUCAAUUCCAAUGGGCUUCUGCACGCAUAUGCCUCCUACCUCCAGCUACCAAGUAACAGUGCCGCAAGCGCUUCGCAGCCUGCCGAAGCUGGCGAAGCACCGCGGGAGAACGAGGAAGAUGCAGCAUUAACGGGUGGAACACACGCGCCUGCCGUGUGUUUGGUAAUAGUCUCAGCUUCUGGAGACUUUGAGGUUGUACGUCAGUGGGCGGACGUGGCUACGAAUCGACUUCGCGAUGGGGAGACACUGCGACAAUUGCUCAAGGCUGCACAGCGAAGCACGUAUUCGGUAGAUGAACUCGGCAUCCCAGGACUUCGGCAUUUUUUCUUUAAGAGUCGGCCGAAUGUGCAGGUCACCUCCCCCAUCUUUAACGGGAUCGAAGCCCACGCGCAUGAUGAGAGGGACCAGGUAGAGCUAGAGGACGAAUGGGAGCGACUGUUCAACCUAUAUCGCGUCGUUUGGGACGCUAUACACGCCAAGUCGGGUCAGGAAUGCACACUCAAGCUGCAGUAUGUACGGACAGAGGCAGUGAGCGUGAUGGGAUGGAUCACAAAAUCGUUUGAAAUCUACAUCGCGCUGUCUCCGCGACUGCCAAAGAGUGCGGCCAUUGGAGCUGCCAACGCGGUCGUGUCUUGGGUGAAACGUGAAGAGGCCAAGCUCUUUCUGCGGGAUGCUCCCGUGUUCUAA